AUGGCCAUGAGCGGGUGGAGUCAUGCGGAAACGAGGGAACGCAUCGGUGGGGAUUGGACGUACGAUGUGAUGGACAUUGCAAAGCUUGUCCGUCAUGAGUUAGCCGAGGAUUCAGCUAGAGAUCGAGGAGAGCCUGGUCGGUUCAAUGCUUCACACGCAGAGAAACAGUUAACAGCAUACUUCAUAAAUCGGCAUGUUUUUCUCCCACAGGAGAAGCAACACAGCAUUCAGGAAGAAAGCUUGGUUGUUGACAUCGACAACAGGCUUGAAACGAUUCUGAGAAAUUCGACAAAGGUACAGGAGUUACAGAAACUGGAGAAAACCUGGAAGAGACUAGUAUAUGAGUUACGGAAGUUGGAGGGAAGUUGGACGAGGCUGAUAGCCGAGCUACGUCGGAUGGACAAGAAAUGGGAGAGACAGGCAUUGGGACUUGCCGACGCGGAAAUUGAUGCUAGAAUCCUCCAAAACAAGAGAAUGACCCAUAAGCUGGAAGCUGAUAUAAAGACUGUUCAGGCCGAGUUAUGGCGUGUAUUGGUUGCGCCCCCUGAGGAUAUGCCAGAGCUGGAAAAGCAUGCGGAAGUGCGAGAUUUCCGAAAGCUACACCGAGAGUUACGCGAGAUCAAGAAGAAGCUAGACUCUCAUCAAAAACUCGUGGAUUUGUCGAAAUAUGCUCCCCAAUUUUCGCUCACAAGCGCAGCAAUUUUGAUAAGCUCUCCUGGUGCCAAAGUAUGCAUGGAUUGCACUUCAUUUGUAGAGAAAGUGAAUGGCUAUUUUGGGUUAUCGAUUGAAUAA